GGCGACCGCUAACCUAUGAAAGCAGUGUAGUUAUCACAGUAGAUUUAGGAGUAGAGGGCGAAAGUAUUAAAGAGGAUAGUGGUAUUGCUUUUGGUUAUGGCGAUGGUUCGGCUCGACUAUAUCAACCUUAUCAAGAAACCCAAGAAGCCAGAAUAGAAGCAGUAGUGAAUUUGGUUAAAUGGCAAACAUUAUACGCGAUACUUCUUAAUCC